AGAUCAGACACCUUUUUUCUUUUGUGGCCAUGUUCUGAAUCCGUGUGUGGUGGUGUUAAGCCUGCCCCGUUCACCCCGCCUCCAGGCAGACGGCAGGAGGGCAGGGAGUGGGGGGGAGGGAGCGAGCAGCCGAUCGUGGGUAAUGUUUGGAAAAAGCCUCGGCGGUGCUGCGGACCGAAGAGCGGAACUUCUCCUCCGGAGUUUAGACGAAGCUAGCUUAGCUGUUGUUAGCUUCCAGGCUAAUUGCACGGACGUUGUCCCCUCGUCGUCGUCGCGGGCAAAGCGAGCAGCAGCAGCUGGUAAUUAAAAACCCGAGAAAACGCGAGCUUCUCCUUCAACAUGGUGACGAGUCUCCUGUCAUCCGCGAUACGGCCGCUCGCGUCGCAGCUCCAGCGGCGGCUCGUCGCCAGACACGGCCGCAGCCCCCGACUCACGCCCGCCAGGGGAUGCAACCUCACGGCGUGCUCGAGCAAAUAUGUGCUGUCGCAGAUGCACCCCAUGUGGCAGGGACCCCUCGCGGUACCGGGAGGCGACCGCCAGUCCCCCAUCGACAUCGUCGUGCGCAAGAGCGUCUUCGACUCGCAGCUGAAGCCCCUGGUCACCGACUACGACCCGGACACCUGCCAGCAGAUCUGGAAUAACGGUUACUCCUUCCUGGUGGAGUACGACGACACGACAGACAAGUCCACGCUGAAAGGCGGCCCCCUGCGAGACAAAUUCAGGCUGUGUCAGUUCCACUUCCACUGGGGUGAGAGCAACGCCUGGGGGUCGGAGCACACGCUGGACAGGAGGCUGUUCCCCGCGGAGCUCCACUUGGUCCACUGGAACUCUGACAAGUACAGUCUGUUCGAGGAGGCGGUGAUGGAGGACAACGGGCUGGCUGUGAUCGGAGUCUUUCUGAAGGUGGGGAAGAGACACGAGGGGCUGCAGAAGCUGGUCGAUGCUCUGCCUGCAAUCAGACACAAGGACAGCGUGGUGGAGUUCAAUAGGUUCAACCCCGCCUGUCUGUUACCUGCCAACACUGACGACUACUGGACGUACCACGGCUCGCUGACGACCCCUCCCCUCACCGAGUCCGUCAGCUGGAUCGUCAUGAAGCAGCACAUUGAAGUCAGCCACGAUCAGCUUGCCGUCUUCCGGAGCCUCCUGUUCACCUCGGCGGAGGAGGAGGUGCAGAAGAGCAUGGUGAACAACUUCCGUGUGCAGCAGCCUCUGCGCGGCCGCACCGUGCGCUCCUCCUUCACCCCCUUCCUGCAGGGGGCGCCAUCGGCCGAGGGCGACAACAAGCACGCCCACUGACACACUGCUGGACUUUUAAAAACGUAUUCUUCAUGCUGUUCUUUCAUAGGGUGAAUGCAAUUUUUCAAAAAUUUCAGAUUUUGCCUUUAACUUUUUCAAAGCAAUAACCGAUAAGGACUGGUUGCUGUGGGGGUACAGAUAUGUGGCUAUUAUCAUGAAUUGUAUUUAUAAAGCAUUAAGUAACGGUGUUUAUUCAGUUACUGUACGUGAGUUUAUGGCUGCAGCUCAGUGUCGAGGAAUUAAAAAACAUCACUGUCGCAGCGGUUUACAAAACAGUGACCAGGAGAUUUUUUUUAUCAAGGUGGAGUUAUAUAUCGCCUUAUUUCUCUCCAGAAGAAAACAUAACUUCAUGUAAUAUCAUCACCAAAAUCAUAUACUACCAAAAUAUGCCUCUUUUUAAUUCUUUUUUUUUACUCCGAUUCAUGUCGUCUAUACAUUACUAAGAUGAACAGACUGUAUGUUCUCCAUGUCUGUUACAAAGAGAAUAUCAUUAUACCGUAUGACAUUUACAGACCUUUUUGUUUCUUACAGUAUGUGACUUUUAAAAAAACUCCACUGAGCCUCGUUUUCCUGUCAAAUAAUAAGUUACUAAUAAGCACAAAAACAUGACAGGGGGGUAUUACUGUAGCACAUGUACUUUUAAGAAUCAUCUAAUUUUAAAUAAGCAGUUCCUUUUUUCUAUCACAGUAACAUCUGGUACCAUAACCAUAGUGCCUUAAAUGCCCCGCUUGUUGUCGGCCAGAGUUUCCACAACAGAGCGCGACCCGAUUCCACGUCUUUGCUCCGGUUAAAGUGUUUGCUCCGGCAGACGAAAGGUUGACCCUCAACUUAUAUCUCUGCAAACCAAUCCGUCAAGUAUUCAACUCUAGUCGAGCUUCGACCAAUCAGCUUCAAACGGAUCCUCGUCCGAACCUUCCGAAAACCUCCGCGUUGUCGACUAAUUGAGUCGGGUUUCUUCCGGUUCUUAUGGGGAGGAAACCGUCCGUCUUUGGUUUGGUCCCAGUCUUUCUUUUUAUUUUAUUUGUGGCAGAAGAAGGAACUCACUAGUACCAAUGAGUUUUUUACUGUUAUGGGUUUGGGAAUGGGGAUUAAAAGAGUUGUUGUUUUUAAUUAUAUUGUUGACUGUAACUGGUCUAAGCUGCUUAAAAUUAGGUCAAAAACGCACAAAGGAAACUACCCAGAAUAACUGUGGACAUAUUGUAUAUUAAAGGAGACAUAUUCUGCUUUUUGGGUUUAUGUUUUUUUUAUUUUUUGUGAAUGUAAAAAGUUCUGUAAAGUUAAAAAGCAGAAAGUAAAGGGAGCUCCUCUCCCCGGCAGGGAAAAACUGAUCCCGACGCCAGUUCUCCCCCCCCCAAACAAAAGUGGGAGUGGAGCCAGCUGGCCAAUCAGAGCAGACUGGGCUUCAUCAGCGAGGGAGGACGGGAGCUAAAAAGGGUUUCAGACAAGAUGUUGUGAAAGAGGAGCUGCAGGAAAGUGAUGUUUACUGAACAUUAGAGUUGUUAACUGUUUCAAGUAAUAACCCACAUAAAAAAUUAUGAACCUGAAUAUGAACAUAAUAUGUCUCCUUUAAUUACUGAAGGACGGAGGGGACACAACAGGACCAACUGUCCACAACAGGUUAUUUACUGGAUUCCACUAUUCACAGCGACUACUUGGCGAACCUCAUCCGGAACUUUUAAUCAAACUAUAAAACUACAGUCAAUCAAACGCUUCCUCGGUGUGUGCGAUUUUAAAAAUGAAUCAAUAAAUGAAUCUAGUUUUAUUGGGACGCGACAGAUGAGCAAGCUGACGCAACCUUGCAGUAUUCGAAGGGACGUAGCGGUCGGCCUGCUCUCUGGCUCGCGUCCAACUGAACAGAACGAGAAACUUGGGGAAAAGACGAAGGGGGAGGAGGGCAGAUAGGAAAGGAGGCCACACACACACACGCACGCACACACGCACGCACACACACACGCACGCACACGAAAACGCCAGUUCAGUUUCUCACGUGUCUGAAACUUUGCACCAGAAAACCACAUCAGAUGAGGUCACUUUUAAAAACGAAACUCAUGUGUGAAGGUUUUUUUCCUCCAUGGAUGUAUAGUUUGAGUGGAGGGGUGAGAGGUCACGGUCGUCUCUAUAAUCCCUCAGUGACAAUGCAACUCCCCCAGCCCCGGCCCCUCUGCGUCUUUUUCAGAAACAGCCGCCGCCCCCCCCCCCCCCCCCCCCCCCAAAGUACGUCCUCAGUCAGCCUCCCCUCCGCACUGAAUAGACGAACUGUAUUGAAAAGCUCGGAUGGCGUGUGAUGUGAACCGAGUGAUGGUGAUUCAUUGUGACGGCUGCCGACGGGGGGGCGGGACAUUAUUCAAAUGCAGAAAAGAUUGUAGUGGAAACUUAACGUAGAAAUCUGAGUGUUUGUGUGUCCGUGUCUGGUCUACGACGGCUUUUUAGGGCCACGGUGAGGGGAAGUGAAUCAAGUCGUAAUAUUAUGAGAAUAAAGUCCUGAUUUUACGAGUAUUUUAUUUAAUAUUAUCUCGUUUUACUAGUAAUAUUACGACUUUAUUCUCAGAAAUGUACAACUAUUCUCAAAGUCUCAAUGUGGCCCUAAAACUCCGUCCUACAUGGUUGCUUUUUUUUCUUUCUUUCUUUUAUUUUUUAGAUGUUGCAAUACUGAAUCUGUGUCCGCUGCAUCAUACUCACAUGGAGAUAAGGGGCCGAGUGCUGCAUUAAUCUUGUACAGAUGUAUUUUAACGAUGUCACGUUUUCGUGGCGUUCUUACUUCUUCUUCUUUUUAACUUUUGAAAAUGCAAGUCAGCAUUUUCUGAUGUGUUCUGAUGCAGAUGUUUGUCUCAAAGGCCUUUUUUUUCUGUCAGUGAGUCGGCGAUGUUUCACUUUACUGGGACUUUGUCGCAGUUUUUUCGUGUUCAGGAGUUUGAAAUCUUUUUUUUCUUCUGCCUUGUGUCACUGUCUUGCCUUUUUCCAUACAUUAAAAACUGUUACAGAAUGA